GCUGAAAAAGUCCGAGGAAGGUGCUUUUGACAUCGAGGAAGACGAGAACGAAAUCGAGAAAGGUGUUACACACUUCGAGGAAAGUGAUCAAGACGAGGAAGAUGGUGGUGGCUGGGACGAUGGUGGUGGCUGGGACGAUGGUGGUGGCUGGGACGAUGGUGGUGGCGGGGACGAUGGUGGUGAAAAGGACGAUGGUGCUAAUGACCCAAAAAAACAAGGAAAGGUAUUUGCGACACUUCACGAGUUAAAGAAUUGGGCUUACAAAACAGAAAUUGCGAAAGGUUACGUCAUUGUGACCCAACGAACGGUAACAAAAGGUGAAGAUUCGUCAGCAAGGACAGUGAAGAUAUGGUUGCAAUGCGACCGUGGAGGCACAUGCAAAAGUAAAGCAACAGUUCGGCGUUCUGGUAGCAAGAAGAUUGGGUGUCCUUUUAAAAUGAUAGGGAAACUAGACGCAAGUAGUGGCAAUUGGAGCUUAGUGGUGAAGCAAAAGGAUCAUAACCAUGAGCCUGCGGUAUUUCUCGAGGGUCACGCGUUUGCAAGAAGGUUGACCCCAGACGAAGAAUUAUUGGUAGAGAGACUUUAUAUUCAAAACAUGGAGCCUACGAACAUACAUUUAACCAUAAGAAAACAAAACCCACAGAGCGUGUGCAUUCUACGAGACAUACAAAACGUGAUAAAAAAGAUUAAAGUCAAAAUGUACGGUGAUCGGACUCCAAUGCAGAUAUUGGAGCAAAUGUUGCAUGAAGGAAGGUAUGUUUACCACACCCGGGUGAAUCCCGAAACAAAUGCGGUCGAGGAGGUUUUUUUUGUUCAUCGGUACUCGUACGAUAUGUGGCGUGCUUUCCCACAUGUGUUGAUGAUUGAUACCACUUACAAAACUAAUGAGUAUAGACUUCCGUUUGUUCAAAUUGUGGGUGUGACAUCGACACACAAGUCGUUUUGUGUCGCUCAUGCUUUUAUCUCUAAAGAAAAACAGGAUAACUUCUUGUGGGUCCUACAGAACCUCAAAGGAUUGUUGGAAGAGGGUAUGGAACCGCGCGUGAUAGUAACAGAUUGCGAUAAAGCUUUGAUGAAUGCUUGCGAUAAACUAUUCCCAAAAGCAUCCAAAUUGCUAUGUCGGUGGCACAUCUCACAAAAUAUUCUAAAACACACCAAGGCAAAAUUUGCAACGGCUGAAGAAUGGAAAAUAUUCAAGCUUUCUUGGUCUCGAUUGUGUAAUUCUCCCACUGAGACGCUAUACAAUUAUAACUUUGAGCGGCUAUUUACGCGACUGACUGACGACCAUAGAUCAGGAGUUUUGGACUAUUUGUAUACUGUCUGGCUACUACCCUAUAAAGAAAAGUUUGUUACAGCCUGGACUAACACAAGCCCUAACUUUGGUCAACAUACAACCAACAGAGUUGAAAGCCAACAUGCUAAGUUUAAGAGAUACCUUAAGGGGCCAAAUAGCUCGCUCCAUAGACUUGUGUGGCUUGUUGACAAAGUUGUAGAGUCACAACGCAUACAAAUAAACCUCACUUUUCAGGAUAGCCGGUCCUUGAAAAUGGGGGACCACAUGAUAUCAUUCUUUGAUAACCUACGUGGUAAUGUUUCCCUGAAAGCACUAGAUUUGUUGCUUGUGGAGAAGAAAAAGAUACGUACGUUGCUCGCAGCAGGGGGGACUUGUGGUCAUGUGCUUUUUACGAGUUGUGGGUUGCCAUGUGCUUGUCAGAUGGAGUGGUGGGAAAAUACAAAUUGCAAAAUUCCUCUUGCCGCCGUAGACAAAUUCUGGACAAAACUAGAUUUCAAUGCUGAAGAACUUAAGGAAGACGAUAAUAAUCUUCGGGAGGAAAUGGACAGAGUCAUGCAACAACUGAAGGCGCAACCACCGAUAGUGUUAAAAAGUAUGUUGUCGAAGAUAAAGGAGGUGGUGAAUCCAAGUAUGACUGACCAUCAACCGCCUGAGGUACAACAAGAUACUCGGGGGGCGCCCAACCUCUAA